GCUCGCUUACCGUCGCUAUUGAUGAGUGUACUCGUUCGGUCAGCAUUUUUCAUUGUUGUUGAUGCGUCAUCGUGUGGCGGAACAUUUAAGUCAAACUAUGGGGAGAUAACUAGUCCGAAUUAUCCAUCCAGUCACGGACCUAAUCUGUCUUGUGUUUGGAGAAUAGACGGAGCUCCUGGCAGUAGACUUGUGAUUGGCUUUAAAGACUUCUCACUUGAAAAGCAAGCUGUUUGUCGUAUGGAUUACAUUGAGAUUCGACAUGGAAACGUUACCACAUCAAAAUAUUGUGGGGAGAUAAUACCAGACAGAGUGAUAACGCAAAGUGAAAAUGCUACCAUAGUAUUUGUUACAAAUCAAGAAACAAAUCGACGUGGUUUUCAUCUCUUUUGGAAAGUAUUUACCGAACCGUUGCUAAUGGAAAGCCCGGUGUCAUGGGAGUCAGCCAAUACAGAAUGUGAACAAAACGGUGGCAAACUCAUGGAACCAGACUUGGAUUACCUAGACACAUAUAGAGAGAGCAUUAUUGAGUGGAUGGGGGCUCACAACGUAUCAAACGUUUGGGUGCGAAAAUACUUCACACCGUGGGUUUCCCUCAAAGGUUGUACACGUGAAACUCAUGUUCACCCGCAAAAGACGUACACAGUACAGAACAAUCAGCAAAAGAUUUGCCAAUACUUAUGUUCUAAUUACAAUUACUUUGGCCUGAAGGGACGCGAUUGUGUGUGUUUGAAUGACGUCGCCUCGUCCUAUGUCGUUGUUUCGGCCUUUGCUUCCUGUAAAUUCAGUUGCAAAGGCAACACUGAAGAAUUAUGUGGUGGGGAAAAUGCGUAUACUGUGUAUAAAAACAACAUUUGCUACACAUCAUCCAAAGCUUGGAAUGGGGCGCUUUCUAAGGACAUAUAUGGAUCUUCUUGUUUGCCUUGAAAUAAAUCCUACUAUGCAAACUCAACCUUUCCCGACGGUUCUGCCAACGAUGCCAAAGAUAAUUGCAGAGAUCCAAAUGCAGCUGGUACACCCUGGUGCUAUAUUAAAGAAAGCCCAUAUUUCGCAGCAUGUGAUGUUUUUAGUUGUUUGGAUAUGACUGCAAAACACAAUGGCUCGUCUGAAUGCAUCGCAGUCUUAAAGGAUAAACAGGGAUUUACUGGACACCAAUUUCCGUGCAGCACCAAUUUGAGUGUAUUAUACAUAUAUCGUUCAGAUUCCACUCACAACUAUUACAAAGAAAUGGCUGGAACGUGGAAUGAUGUUCGACACUGCAUUGAACAAUCUUCCUUUUGGUUUGUGUUCCCAAAUAAGUACGAAGAUAUUUACGAGGGGCGCUACAUUUGGACAGGACUUUCGAGAAACACAUCGACAUCGAGGCCGUUAACCGCACCAUCCGACUGUUUCAAGCUACAACGGCACAAACAAACGCUAGAGGAGGAGACUGACAACUGUCAUCUCGAGCUUCCAUUCAUUUGUCAAAAAGUUCCAGUUAACUGUGGUGAAAGUUUUAUGAAAACCGAAAGUAGUCUCAACUUUACUAUUGAAAGUGGAAGCAAUGACAUGAAUUGCGAAUGGAAUAUCGAGGGAUUCGACAACACGUUCAUUCGAAUCGAGAUUUCGUUUGUAAUACCAUCCUGUAAAGAUUGUGAAUGUUUGAAGAUUUACGACGCACCAACGACCAUUGGACCACCAAAUAAAACAUUAUGCGAGCAUGGACAGCUGACAUUUAAUUCAACCCAACAGGCAAUUACAUUGGCUUAUUCUUCGGAUGGAUCUAUUAAAGGGACAAGAUUUCACGCCAAGUGGAGCUUUGUACCAUGGCCACGCAAGUCUACAACGUCAAUGCCUUUAGGAAGCACGAUAAACUCAAGAACUGGAUCGGAAGAUAUGACAACGAACACAUUUUCUGCGGGUUUUAUUGGAGGCAUUGUCGGCGCUGCCGUGGUGAUUACCGUAUCCGUAAUAGUCUGUAUCGUUGUCAUACGACGAAAAUGUAAUGGACCUCAGAAGACGGAAAGUAACUACCAAGGUUUGAACAUGCGACCAGUAGGCGCAAAUAGUGGAAAUCCGCUUGAUCAGGGUGAACAUUUGUAUCGCACAUGUUCGAACAUCGAACAGCUUCCAGAACCUCUAGAUGCUGCGACUAGUAUUCCUGUCGCCAUUGAAUGUGAUCGCCAGUUGCCCGUUUCCAUAAGUCACACCAAUGAUAAGGUUUACUACAACACUCGCGGAGAUGAGGCUCAAUAUGACUAUUGC